AGUGGGGAGGAUCAUCAUGUGUCUAUAUGUGACAUAGGAAAAAAGGACGAAGAGAAGGCUGAAAAACAGAGUGGUAGCGUAGAGAAAACAGAGCAGAUAAAUGUGAGUAACGUGCAUGUGAGUACAAACACUAGGGUAGCCUUGCAGACUGCGCAAGGAAUUCUCGCAGGUCAGAAUAGGAAGAGAGUACGAGUGCUUUUUCACUCGGGAAGUAAGAAGUCUUUCGUCACAAACAGACCAAAACAAGAUGCGAAGCUUAAUGUAGCAAGGCGGGAAUGGUUAGAGGUCAACACUUUUGGUGGUGGAACAAAUGAAGAUGUAAGUUUGAAGCAGGAGAUGUUGGAAGUGGAUGUUUUGAUAGGAGCAGAUAACCUUUGGGCUUUUCAGAAAGGAGAAAUAAUUAGGAUCAAAAAGAAUGAGCCAGUUGCGAUUGACACUUGUUUAAGAUGGAUUGUAAGCGGUCCACUGAAAGGGAGCUGGAAAAUCAAAAAUGCACAUGUUAAUUUAGUUUCGCAGACUGCAACGCAGAAAAACAGCACAAACAGGCAGGUGAACAAGUUAUGGGAUUUAGAAACACUUGGGGUCAGGGAAACUGACGAUGUGCACGAAGCCUUGUUAGAUAAAAUUGAGUUUAAUGGGCAUAAGUACUCUGUUAGAUUGCCGUGGAAGCAGGGUCAUGGGCAUUUACCAAGUAACUGCCAAUAGUUUAGCACGCAUGAAAGGGCAAAGUAAGCGUUUGUCAAAUGAGCCUGAUUUGUUAAUGGAAUAUGAUAAAAUUAUCAUGGAUCAACUAAAA